UGCUUGCGUUUGCGCCAAAAGGGGUCCAACAGCCAGCUUGGAUUUUAACAGCAGUCUGUUAUCAAACUUUCACGCGCGCGGUUCGGCUACGGCGUUGGCGUGUUGCGUUUGCUUUCUUUAGAAAUUAAGCAUUAUAUUUAGAAUUUCAAUUAAAUUUAUAAAUUUGUUGCACAACGUGCAACAAGACCUUUCGAAAAAGCCGCCGCCAUUGCCGCCAACACGUGUGUUCUGUGUCGCCGCUGCCAGUCCAAAGCUCGAGUGCCAACUGCAGAGCUCGCUGAUGGGAAAAGGCACAGCUCAACAGCCCAAUCAAAUAUGAAUAUAAAAUAAAAUAACGCAGUUAAUAUCAAUAGCUAAAGCAUCUUCGCUUAUCGUUCGGUUCUGUGCGAAACAUGUGCCGCGUUUAGUUUUCCAGUGAUUAGCAAAAACAAAAAAAGAAAAGAGCGAAAAAAAAACCGGUAAAUUUCUAUUCUUUGCGCAUUGUCUGCUUCUCGUCUUUCCACCUUUUUGGCGCCGCCUUUGUUGUCGUUUUGUGUUGUUGUUCUUGUUGCUGUUACUGUUGUUGUUGCUGUUACUGUUGUUGUGGCACUGUUGCAUUUUGUUUAACAUACAUACAUAAACCAAAAGAGUUUGUUCUCAAUUUAAUGUCAGUUUGCCUUGUGCCUUUGCCUAGUAGCAAACAUUUAUAAUUUACAUUAUUUUUUUUUGUUUUUUGAAUUUUUCGGAUAAACUAAAUUUCGGUUUUAUUAAAGGCCGAACCGAAUAUUUUGCAAAUUUUAUAAUUGACUCUUUUUGGCAACUCCAAAUUAUACAAUUUUAAGAUGAGCAUCGCAAUUUUAUGGCUCUAAAUGAUAAUUGAGUGCAGCAAAAAAGUUUUUGUUUAGCAGUGAAAUUCAAGGCAGAGUUUACUUUGACGCAUUGUAAUCUGCUAAGUAAAACAACAGCAACAACAACAACAACAAUACCGACACCGACGACAGCAAGGUUCUUAGUCAUUGGCCGGCUUGUACAUCGCCCCCUGCGCCUUGCCUAUGCUUUUAGCAGUGCAUCGUCUAUUGUGAAUCAUAAUUUGUGAAUAGUUCUGUUGUUACUGCUGUGAUCUCUCGCGCCAGUUCCUGUUUGGCACUAGACCCAGUUCCAGCUCCGGCCGCCGCACAAUGUCCAAGCACGGUGCCGUUAUCUUGAGCAACAUUCGCCAGCUCCUGCGCCGCUCCAAUGUGCGUCAGUUCGAAUGCUGCGGCCUGCGUCUGGCGCCGGUGACCACGACUCUCGCAACAUUGCACUUUUGGCCCGGCCAUGAACAACAGCAGCACAGAACCUUUAGCUCGUCAACGCAUUCGGAUGAUGAUAAGGAGAAGUUGCGGAAAAAUCUCGAGAAGCAGGAAAAACCAUCACCGACAGCUGUAUGGAUGCAGAGAGCCGAAGAAAUCAGGCAAAAGAAAUUAAUUAAAGCAACCACCAAAAAGGAUGAUGGCGAAACAGAUGAUCACUCAAAGAACUCUACAGCCUACCAAAUAGAAGCGAUGACCUUGGCAAACAGAAUGAACGCCUUUAGGGCUAAGCAAAGGGUUAAAGAUGAGGAAAUUAACAUUAGCAAAGAGUUAAAAAAGAGCAAAUUUCGAAUUCAACAAAUCAAAGACCGUCUAGUCCAAUCAAAAAAAAAGUACGCUGUGCUUGAAGAGCAAGAAACCAAAGAAAAUGUGGCCGAGAAAGUUGAAAAAGAUGAGAAACAAGAAGUUAAAAAGGGUGUCAAAACUCUCAGUGCAAAAGAAUUGAAUGAUGUCAGUCUGGAGUAUAUCAAUGGCAUGCCACAUUUGACAGUUCGCCUGCCAAGUCGCAAUGAACUGUGCCAGUUCGCCUUGAAGCCCAUCUCGCACACCGUUGGGAAUCUGCUGACAAUGCUCAGGGAGGAGGAUCGGGGCAUAGAUCGUGCUGCGGUUAUCAACAAGCACGGCGUGCGCAUUGCUUCCUCCUGCACCAUUGAACGAUUGCUGGACGAUGAAUUCAGUAUACAAAUAAACAAUCGCAAUUUGGAUGUGAAGCCGCCGGAACGCGAAAAGAUCACGACCGAGAAAAUUGACAAGAUGGACGACGUGCGCAAGAUCAUAGCACAGCUCUAUGAGGCCUUCAAUGUGGGCGAGUAUCAGCUGGAGAAGAGCAAUCAAUUGGCCAAGGAACUGGAAAACCUGCGUUACGAACUGGAGCCGCUGGAGGAGAAAAAAAUGGAGCUUUUCAAAAAGGCUGAGCGCCGAACCAAUAUGAUGACCUGGGUGGGCCUGGGUCUAAUGUCCGUGCAAUUCGGCAUACUCGCGCGCUUAACCUGGUGGGAAUACUCUUGGGAUAUUAUGGAGCCGGUGACCUAUUUUGUCACCUAUGGCACGACAAUGGCCAUGUACGCCUACUAUUGUGUAACCAAGCGAGAAUAUAUCAUGGAGAAUGUAUAUAAUCGCCAGUACUCGCUGAACAUUUAUAAGAAUGCCAAAAAAGUUCAGUUCGAUGUGGAACACUAUAAUCGACUGAAGCGUAGAUCUGCGGAAUUGGAAUACAAUCUGAGACGUCUCAAUGAUCCCAUCAAUAUGGGUCUGCCAGCUCAUUUGGUCCGCACCCAGCUGGAUUCACCACCUAUUGAAGAGAGCAAUGGGACGGAAAAGUGUAAAGAGAAAAGUACUUAAGAACCUCGUGGCCAGCUUCUGCUCUUCUAGACAUCGGAACAGAGACAACAGACCAGAGAGCAUAUGUAAGGAAUGAAGAGAAAGCAGGGAACGAAGGGAAAGCUGAAGUAGCCACCUAUAAAAAAAUGAAACUCAAAUCUACAUUUAAACACUCGCAAGCUCUCAAUCAAUCAACUCGUCAUUUAGCCAAUGUUAUCGUACAGUGAUCGAAAUUAUAGUCAACUCCAUAUAGAUAUAUUCAGCUAUGGUUUUAUAUGUUUUGCUCUUACUUAAUUGUUCAUUCGUUUGUUGAGUGUACUAUCCUUUUCUGUUAACUGAAUGUUUAGUUAGUUAUUUUUUAAUUUUUAGCCUAAGCCAAAGUUUUAAUGGGCCCAGAAAGCGCACAAAUUUCACAAAUGACGUCAUCUGCUAAAGGUGUUUGCUUAACUUUUGUUUAGUUAUUUAUUUAAUCAGUGAUUUGUUUUUAAGCAUCAACUGUGUGCGUUGUGAAAGUUCUAGUAAAAUAUAUGAUUUAUUUAUUGAAUAUUA